CUUCCCGUUCUUCACUUCUUCGGAACGCUCGCUCCUUUUCCAUACUUUGUAUCUCGGCGGUGAUGAGCUUGUCUUGACCUUCGAUUCAUCACGGCAAUGGAGGCCUCUGCUCUGACCGCCGUCGCUAGCAUCGCGAGUUCGGCUCGCAAGGUUGAUAAGUCGUUCGCUGCCAUCAAUGGGUCCGCUCCGUUUCCCCUCCGGAGGAGGGGGUCGGCGACCGGAAGCUUCCGUUUGCUGGGGAGAUUCGGGAGGUUUACGGUUCUUGCCUCCAAGGACGAGCCGAAGCUCAAUCAGUGGGACCAGAUGGAGCUUAAGUUCGGCCGCAUGCUUGGCGAAGAUCCGAAAUUGACUAUGGCCAAGAUAAUGGGGAGGAAAGCAAAUCCAGAUGCUUCUUAUCUUGAAAUUGAGAAAUCAUUCUACAAGAAAAAGGGUAAUAUCAAGGAGGUGCCGUUUGAAGGGACAGAGGAGGGAAAUUCGUCUGGCUCAUCAGAUGGUUUGAAUUUGGUUCGGCCUGUACCGAAAAAAGGUGUAAAAUUCCAGAGUGACAAACCAAUGGCAUCAGAACUGAAGAGACCAACACCAGUGGUUGAGAAGUCUAAACAUAGUCUGAAGAGUAGUGUUCCUGAUGUCAUAUUGAGAAAACCGACCGUGUUUAAUGAGGAUGAUGUUGAAGAUAAGCCAUCAAAGUUGAGAAUUAAACGGAACUUGUCCCUACAAAUGAGCAACCAGCAGGUGAUGAAGGAGAGAUUCAGUGACAUGACAUUGUUGAGAAAGCCUCAACCGACUGAGGUCAAUAGUAAUCUUUCCAGAGAAGUAGACCCUACAAAUGACUCUGGAUCUGUACGUGGUCGAAAUAGUGAACUGCAGAUGCAAAAUGAAGAGAUAAAGGUUGAAGGAAAUGAUUUCACACUAAUGAAGAAGCCUGAGGCUGUGACUGAUAAUCACGGACAAGUUGGCUAUUCUGAAGCUCUUACCACUGCUGAUGGAGGGGAGAAAGGCUUGGAAUCUGUAUCUGGGGAGACUACUGCAACUACAGGAGAAUUUGAAGCAUCUUCAGCAAGUGCUGAUGUACCUCUUUAUAGAGCUGAACCAAAGGAUGAUGUUGUCUUAGGAUCGCAGCUGCAUGAGAAGAACAAUGUUGAUUCUGGUGUCAAUUUUGCUAUGACGACCGCACUACAGGGAAAACCAAAGAGAAUGGGUGAAAAUAUAAGAGGAAUCUCAAACAGUGACAGAGUGGAGGCAUCAACUCCAGCCUUUGACCAUCAUGGUGAUGAUUUUGAACUUGGGAGUGUAUCUGGGAACCCUGCAUUGGAGGACCGUGAAGAUGCUGAUUGGACACGAGCUGAACACCUGGUUAGGACAGGUGAAAGAGAAGAAGUGGAGUUACUAAGCUCUAGCACCCGAGGUUUUGUUGUGUCUUUUGGUUCAUUGAUAGGAUUUUUGCCAUACCGCAGUCUUGCCGCCAGGUGGAAGUUCUUAGCAUUUGAAUCAUGGCUAAGUCAGAAGGGAUUAGACCCAUCAAAGUACAGGCAAAACCUUGGAGUUAUAGGAAGUUAUGAUGUUUCGGGCAACAGUAGUUCUACCAGCAAACGUCUAAAUCCAGAAGAUGUUCCGCCAAUGACCGAAGGAAUCUUACCAGAUAUGAAAUUGGAAGAUCUUCUUAGAAUUUAUGACCAAGAGAAACUCAAGUUCUUGUCUUCAUUUGUUGGACAGAAAAUCAAGGUUAAUGUGGUAGCGGCUGACAGAAAGUUUAGAAAGCUUCUCUUUUCUGUGAAGCCCAAAGAAAAGGAGGUAAUUGUCGAGAAGAAAAGAAGUCUCAUGGCCAAACUUCGCAUAGGGGAUGUUGUCAAAUGUUGCAUUACGAAGAUCACAUACUUCGGUAUUUUUGUGGAGGUUGAAGGGGUGCCUGCAUUAAUUCACCAGACAGAAGUGUCAUGGAAUGCAACGUUGGAUCCUAUGUCGUAUUUUAAGAUUGGUCAGAUUGUGGAGGCCAAAGUUCAUCAACUGGAUUUCGCACUUGAACGCAUUUUCUUGUCACUGAAGGAAAUUAUGCCCGAUCCGCUGAUUGGGGCCUUGGAGUCAGUGGUUGGUGAUGGCAAUUCAUUCAAUGAGAACCUGGAAGCUACACAAGCAGAAUCCGAGUGGUUUGAAGUGGAGUCACUUAUCAAGGAGCUGCAACAGAUUGAAGGAGUGCAGACUGUGUCAAAAGGUCGUUUUUUCUUGAGCCCGGGUUUGGCCCCGACAUUUCAGGUUUAUAUGGCGUCCAUGUUUGAAAAUCAAUACAAAUUACUGGCUCGAUCUGGAAACAAAGUACAGGAGGUAAUAGUCGAAGCAUCGUUGGACAAAGAAGAGAUGAAAUCCGUAAUUUUGACGUGCACCAACCGAGUUGAGUAGCUUGCUCAUCCUUUCUGCUAAGUCCAUGCAAUCACUUUCUUUCUGAUGGACUUAAAAUAUCAUUCAUCUGGUGACUGUUCCACCAAGAUACCAGCUGAAGCGGCAUGUUAGCUCGGUAUUGCGCUUUCGGAGCCAAAGAGCGUUAGGUGGAUGUAGCUGUCCAAGAUAAGCCAAGUCGUUGCCGUCUCUUUGGUUGUGGGGCGUUUGGGAUUAGAUACAUUUUUCGAAUCAGUUUUCUCACUUGACGUUGGACAGCGUGUAGAUUCUUCAAUAUGCAAAGGAAUUUAUAUUAGGUUCGCAAGGGAAGAUCAAAUUUGUAAUGUUAUCCUGUAAAGGGUGAUGUCUAAAAGAUUGGCAGAAUGGUCUCAUUUGGAUCUCAUCAUUUCUUAUACCAGUGGCAAGAUGCUUAUGCAUUA